CUUAAGCAUGGAUAGUAAAAUUUUUGUAGAGAUUCCUUUUCCUAAUGAACGUUUGGCUUCUAUUGCACAACAAGUUAUGAAUGUAGACAAGGAACUCAAGACAGACCAAGUGAAGCGAGUCAUUACAAGUAAAGAUAACCUUUUACAAGUACAUUUUGAAUGUUAUAACACAAAGAUGCUUCGUGUGGCAGUCAAUUCAUUUUUAGAGUAUCUUACUAUGGUGACGCGAACAAUGGAUGCUUUUUGAAUAAAGCGAGAGGGAACUUGUACAGCUUAAAACAUCACUCCAUUGAAGACACUCUUUGAAACCAAACUAAAAAAAAAAUCAAAGAAUUAAAUAGGUUGAAUAAUCAACAGCCUAUCGUCUUUUUGUCUACAGUCAUUGCGACACAAUGGGAAUAGUAAUAUUUUUUUUUUAAAUAAUCAAAUGCUUUAUUUGUUCUUUAAAAGGGCGCUGUUGCUGAAAGCCAUUUGACGAUAGAGAUAACGCGAAGGAUAGGUCUUAUCACUAUUGAAUUUUUGUCUAAAACAACUGAAGUUUUGAAAGCAUAGACCCACUUUUACUUUGGUUCCAUGGUGCCUUAAGAAAACAUAGAG